AUGGGCGCCCCAUGCGGGCACCGGGCGCUGCUGUGGGCCCUCGUGGCCCUGCUCUUGGCGCAGAAGGCAGCCCCAUGGCGGCUGGAGAUGCCCCUCGGAGGCGGGGCUGGAAUGAGGCAGACAGGACUGGCCUGGGGCACCAGCAUCCGGGGAAGCCCCAUGUCAACUCGAAAGUACUGCCCCGGGCACAGGCGAUACCCAGCCGGGCUGGCCUGGAGACCUGGCCACCGAGGCCACCCGCCCCGGUCCCCGGGCCCAGGGCUGCUCCUGCAAGCCCCCCUCCUCCAGCUGGGGCUUGGGCGGGCCCCCUGGGGGCUGACAUCUGGCUCCUCAGAGCCGGGUUCCCGGGGCAGCUGGGCCCGAGCUGCGGCUGUGGACGUCGGGCAGCACGCAGGCCCAGUCAGGAGUGUGGCCCAGGCAGACGGGGAGGGGCUUGGGGGUGACACCCAGCAGCGUGUGACUUUCAUCCCACCCCUCACCGUCUCCCCCGCCAUCCGUCCCCUGAACGCGGCGCACGGCGGCCAGGUGUGCAGCACCUGGGGCGACUUCCACUACAAGACCUUCGACGGCGACGUCUUCCGCUUCCCGGGCCUGUGCAACUACGUCUUCUCGGCGCACUGCGGCGCCGCCUACGAGGACUUCAACAUCCAGCUCCGCCGCGGCCUGGCGGGCUCCAGGCCCACCAUCACCCACAUCGUCCUCAAGACCCAGGGGCUGGUGCUGGAGCUCUCCAACGGCUCCCUGCAGGUCGACGGGCAGAGGGAGGAGCUGCCCUACAGCCGCGCGGGCCUCCUGGUGGAGCAGAGCAGCGCCUACACCAAGGUCAGCGUCCGCCUGGCGCUGACAGUUGUGUGGAAUGGAGAGGACAGCGCCCUGCUGGAGCUGGACCCCAAGUACGCCAACCAGACGUGCGGCCUGUGCGGGGACUUCAACGGGCUCCCAGCCGUCAACGAGUUCUUCAUCCACAAUGCCAGGCUGACCCCUCUCCAGUUCGGGAACCUGCAGAAGCUGGAUGGGCCCAUGGAGCAGUGCCAGGACCCCCCGCCCUCCCCGGCCGACAACUGCACAGAUGGGGAGGGCGUCUGCCGUCGCACCCUGCUGGGCCCAGCCUUCGCUCAGUGCAACAGGCUGGUGGACGCCGAGGUGUAUGUGGCAGCCUGCACCCAGGACCUGUGCCGCUGCCCCACCUGCCCGUGCGCCACCUUCGCCGAGUACUCCCGCCAGUGUGCCCAUGCCGGGGGGCAGCCUCAGAACUGGAGGGGCCCUGACCUCUGCCCCCAGACAUGCCCCCUGAACAUGCAGUACCACGAGUGCGGCUCGCCCUGCGCGGACACCUGCUCCAACCCUGAGCGCUCCCAGCUCUGCGAGGACCACUGCGUCGACGGCUGCUUCUGCCCCCCAGGCACGGUGCUGGACGACGUCACCCACACGGGCUGCCUGCCCCUGCAGCAGUGCUCGUGCACCCACGGCGGCCGCACCUACGCCCCAGGGACCAACUUCAGCACCAGCUGCAGCUCCUGCACCUGCUCCGGGGGACUCUGGCAGUGCCAGGACCUUCCGUGCCUGGGCACCUGCUCCGUCCAGGGUGGGUCGCACAUCUCCACCUUCGACGAGAAGCUCUAUGACGUGCACGGGGACUGCAGCUAUGUCCUGACCAAGAAAUGUGCAGACAGUGCCCUCACCGUGCUGGCCGAGCUGCGGAAGUGUGGCCUGACCGACAAUGAGAACUGCCUCAAAACCGUGACACUGAGCUUGAAUGGAGGGGACACGGCCAUCCGGAUCCAGUCCGGCGGCGGGGUGUUCAUGAACUCCAUCUACACACAGCUGCCAGUAUCCGUGGCCAACGUCACCAUCUUCAGGCCCUCGUCCUUCUUCGUGCUGGUGCAGACGGGCCUCGGGCUGCAGCUGCAGGUGCAGCUCGUGCCCCUCAUGCAGGUGUUCCUCAGGCUGGACCCCUCCUACCGUGGCCAGAUGUGUGGCCUGUGUGGGAAUUUCAACCAGAACCAGGCGGACGACUUCUGGACCAUCAGCGGCCUGGUGGAGGGCACGGCCGCCGCCUUCGCCAACACCUGGAAGACCCAGGCUGCCUGCCCCAAUGCCAAGAACAGCUUCGAGGACCCCUGCUCCCUCAGCGUGGAGAACGAGAACUAUGCCCAGCACUGGUGCUCCCUGCUGACCGACCCGGCCGGGGCCUUCUCGUCCUGCCACUCCGUCGUCAACCCGGCGCCCUUCCACUCGAACUGCAUGUUCGACACGUGCAACUGUGAGAAGAGCGAGGACUGCAUGUGUGCGGCCCUGUCCUCCUACGUGUGGGCCUGCGCCGCCCGGGGCGUGCUGCUCAGCGGCUGGCGGGACGGCGUGUGCACCAAGUACAUGAGCGACUGCCCCAAGACCCAGAGCUAUGCCUACGUGGUGGACAGCUGCCAGCCCACCUGCCGUGCGCUGAGCCAGGCCGAUGUCACCUGCAACGUGGCCUUCGUGCCUGUGGACGGCUGCACCUGCCCCCCGGGCACCUUCCUGGACGACGCCGGCACCUGCGUGACCGCCGAGGCCUGUCCCUGCUACUUCCGUAGCUCCGUGGUGGCCCCAGGGGAGGUCCUGCACGACAACGGCGUGGUGUGCUCAUGUGCAGGAGGGAAGCUGAGCUGCCUGGGAGCCGAGGGGCAGAGCGCAGGCUGUGUGGCCCCCAUGGUAUUCCUGGACUGCAGCAACGCCUCCGCAGGCACGCCCGGGGCCGAGUGUCUCCGGAGCUGCCACACGCUGGACGUGGACUGUUUCAGCACUCACUGCGUGUCUGGCUGCGUCUGCCCUGCGGGGCUGGUGUCGGACGGGAGCGGGGGCUGCGUGACGGAGGAGGACUGCCCCUGCCUGCACAACGAGGCUGCCUACAAGCCCGGGGAGACCAUCAGGGUCGACUGCAACACCUGCACCUGCAGGGGCCGCCGGUGGGAGUGCAGCCACCAGCCCUGCCUGGGCACCUGCGUGGCCUACGGGGACGGCCACUUCAUCACCUUUGAUGGAGAGCGCUACAGCUUCGAGGGGAGCUGCGAGUACACGCUGGCCCAGGACCACUGUGGGGUCAACGGCUCUGCCAACGGGACCUUCCGCAUCGUCACUGAGAAUGUCCCCUGCGGGACCACGGGCGUUACCUGCUCCAAGGCCAUCAAGCUCUUCCUGGAGAACUACGAGCUGAUUCUCCACGAGGGCACCUACAAGGUGGUGCAGAGGGGGCCGGGCGGAGACCUGCCCUAUAGGAUCCGCUACAUGGGCAUCUACCUGGCCGUCGAGACCCGCAGCGGCAUGGUCGUGUCCUGGGACCGGAAGACCAGCGUGCACAUCCAGCUGCAUCAGCGUUACAAGGGGAGGGUCUGCGGGCUGUGCGGGAACUUCGACGACAACGCCCUCAACGACUUCACCACGCGGAGCCAGUCCGUGGUGGGCGACGUGCUAGAGUUCGGCAACAGCUGGAAAUUCUCCCCGUCCUGCCCGGACGCCCGGGCCCCCAAGGACCCCUGCACGGCCAACCCGUACCGCAAGUCCUGGGCCCAGAAGCAGUGCAGCAUCAUCAACAGCGCCAUCUUCAGCGCCUGCCGUUCUCAGGUUGACUCCACCAGGUACUACGAGGCCUGCGUGAGCGACGCGUGCGCCUGCGACACAGGGGGCGACUGCGAGUGUUUCUGCACGGCCGUGGCCGCUUACGCCCGGGCCUGCCACGAAGUGGGCGUGUGCGUGUCCUGGCGGACCCCGGACAUCUGCCCCCUGUUCUGCGACUACUACAACCCCCACGGGGAGUGUGAGUGGCACUACCAGCCCUGUGGGGCCCCCUGCCUGAGAACUUGCCGGAACCCCAGUGGGCAUUGCCUGAUGGACGUGCCAGGCCUGGAAGGCUGCUACCCCAGGUGCCCACCCAGCAAGCCCCUCUUCAACGAGGACCAGAUGAAGUGCGUGACCCAGUGCGGCUGCUAUGAUGGGGACGGAACCUACUAUGAUGUUGGCACGAGGGUCCCCACCACAGAGAACUGCCAGAGAUGCGACUGCACCUCCAAGGGCCUCCAGUGCACAUACAGCCCCGAGGCCUGCGCAUGCGCCUACGAGGGCAGGACUUACGCCUACGGGGAUGUCGUCUACAACACCACAGACGGGCUGGGCGCCUGCUUGAUCGCCACCUGCGGCGACAACGGGACGAUCGUCCGGGGGGCCGAGGAGUGUCCCGGAACCCCGUCCACAACCCCCUUCACCUUCACCAGCACCAGCACUGCGGCACCGCCUUCCACCACUGGCUCCGUCCCCACCCCCUCCACAGCGUGCCUGCGCCAGGUCUGCCUCUGGUCCGACUGGUACGACAGUGGCCGUCCAGAGCCCGGAAUGGGGGGAGGAGACUUUGAGACAUUCGUGAACCUGAGGCAGAGGGGCUUCCAGGUCUGCCUGGCCCCAGUGGACGUCCAGUGCCGGGCCCAGCGGCUCCCCGACGUGCCCCUGCAGGAGCUGGGCCAGAAGGUGCAGUGUGGCCGGGCCCAGGGGCUGACCUGCCUCAACAGUGAGCAGAACCCCCCACUCUGCCACAACUACGAGCUGAGAGUCCUGUGCUGCAACUACGAGCCGUGUGGCACCAGCCAGCCACCAACGUCCACACCUGCCUGGAACACACCCAGCCCAGUACACACCCUCCCAACCACCGUGGCCACAAGGUCUCAGACCCCAUCUGCCCAGCCCGCAACGACUGCGACCCUGGGGACCCUGACCUGUCAACCCCGAUGCGAGUGGACAGAGUGGUUCGAUGAGGACUACCCCAAGUCGAACGUGGCCGGCGGGGACAUCGAAUCCUACGACAAGAUCAGGCGAGCCGGAGGAGUCCUGUGUGCACAGCCUCAGGACAUAGAGUGCCAGGCCGAGAUCCUGCCUCACAAGAAGCUGGAGGAAGUGGGGCAGCGAGUGCACUGCAACGCCAGCUUCGGGCUCAUCUGCAGAAACGAGGACCAGGAGGGCCUGUUCAAGAUGUGCUUCAACUACAGGAUCCGCCUGCUCUGCUGUGACGACGUGCGGCACUGUCCCAGCACGGCCAGCCCCGGCCUCUCCUCCCCCACGCUGUCUGCCCACAGCCCCACCACCCUCACCGGCUCCACGACGACGCGGCCGGGGACCUCCACCUCCGCCACGAGCCCCACCAGCCCCACCUCCUCGGAGGCCCUGGCCACGAGCACCAAACCCGCUUCGACCAGUGUCCCCCCGUCGGCCCCUCUGCUGACCUCCCAAACACACACAACCCCUGGGGUGUUAUCCCCCACCGCUGUGACGGGCCCCCCCUCCGCUGGCACCACCCAGAGGGUCUCCACCCCUUCCCCUGUGACAGGCUCCUCCUCCCCAGGGACCACCCACGGGGUCACAACCCCCACCACUGUGACAGGUGUCCCGUCCACUGCGACAACUCCGAGUGUCACGACUCCCACCACUGUGACAGGUGUCCCCUCCACUGCGACAACUCCGAGUGUCACGACUCCCACCACUGUGACAGGUGUCCCGUCCACUGCGACAACUCCGAGUGUCACGACUCCCACCACUGUGACAGGUGUCCCCUCCACUGCGACCACUCAGAGUGUCACGACUCCAACCACUGUGACAGGUAUCCCCUCCACUGCGACCACUCAGAGUGUCACGACUCCCACCACUGUGACAGGUGUCCCCUCCACUGCGACCACUCAGAGUGUCACGACUCCCACCACUGUGACAGGUGUCCCCUCCACUGCGACCACUCAGAGUGUUUCGACUCCCACCACUGUGACAGGUGUCCCGUCCACUGCGACAACUCAGAGUGUUACGACUCCCACCACUGUGACAGGUGUCCCCUCCACUGCGACCACUCAGAGUGUUACGACUCCCACCACUGUGACAGGUGUCCCGUCCACUGCGACACCCCAGGGUGUCACGACUCCCACCACUUUGACAGGUGUCCCCUCCACUGCGACCACUCAGAGUGUCACGACUCCCACCACUGUGACAGGUGUCCCGUCCACUGCGACAACUCCGAGUGUCACGACUCCCACCACUGUGACAGGUGUCCCCUCCACAGCGACCACCCAGGGUGUCACGACUCCCACCACUGUGACAGGUGUCCCCUCCACGGCGACCACCCAGAGUGUCACGACUCCCACCACUGUGACAGGUGUCCCCUCCACGGCGACCCCCCAGGGUGUCACGACUCCCACCACUGUGACAGGUGUCCCGUCCACUGCGACCCCCCAGGGUGUCACCACCCCCACCAGUGUGACAGGUCCCUCCUCCCCACGGACCACCGAGUCGGUCUCCACCCCCACGCCCGGGCCCACGGCCUGCCAGCCUCGCUGUGCCUGGACGGACUGGCUGGACCAGAGCUACCCGCUGCCGGGCGCCUCCGGGGGGGACUUCGAGACCUAUGCCAAUAUCCAGGCGGCCGGCGGGGCCAUCUGCCAGUGGCCCCAGGACAUCGAGUGCCAGGCUAAAAACUUCCCCAACCGGACGCUGGAGGAGCUGGGUCAGCGAGUGCACUGCGACGCCAGCUUCGGCCUCAUCUGCAGGAACGAGGAGCAGGACGGCCGGUUCGAGAUGUGCUUCAACUACAGAAUCCGCGUGCUGUGCUGCAGCUACGGCCACUGUGGGACGCCCACCUCCCCGCUCACCGCCUCGACCACCACCUCCGCCCCCAGCCCCGGCACCACCACCUCGACCACUGCCUCUUCGGCCCCCAGCGCGGCCACCACGGCCGGGACACCCGUCGCAACAGCCGGAACACUGUCCGGGAGCACAGCGGCCACCGGCUCCGCCACGCCGGGGCCCGCCCUUUCCACGGGCGUGACGGCGCGAGUGACGGCCUCCAGCCCCAGCCCCACGGGCUCCGCCCCGACGUCUGCCACGGCGGAGCUCCCGUCCUCUGCAGCCUCCACAGAGCCCGCCAGCCCAGGCACGGCCACGGCAACCCUCCCGACUCACGGGACCAGCCAGGGCCCGACGCGCUGUCAGCCCAAGUGCCAGUGGACGGAAUGGUUCGACGUGGACUUCCCCACCUCGGGGGUCGGGGGCGGAGACGUGGAAACCUACGACAACAUCAGGGCGGCCGGUGGCAACAUAUGCCCCGAGCCCCGGGAGAUCGAGUGCCGGGCAGAGAGCUACCCCGACGUGAGCAUCGACCAGGUCGGGCAGGUGCUCAGCUGCAGCCUGCAGGACGGCCUCAUCUGCAGGAACGAGGACCAGGAGGGCCUGUUCAAGAUGUGCUUCAACUACAGGAUCCGCGUGCUCUGCUGUGACGACGUGCGGCACUGUCCCAGCACGGCCAGCCCCGGCCUCUCCUCCCCCACGCUGUCUGCCCACAGCCCCACCACCCUCACCGGCUCCACGACGACGCGGCCGGGGACCUCCACCUCCGCCACGAGCCCCACCAGCCCCACCUCCUCGGAGGCCCUGGCCACGAGCACCAAGCCCGCUUCGACCAGUGUCCCCCCGUCGGCCCCUCUGCUGACCUCCCAAACACACACAACCCCUGGGGUGUUAUCCCCCACCGCUGUGACGGGCCCCCCCUCCGCUGGCACCACCCAGAGGGUCUCCACCCCUUCCCCUGUGACAGGCUCCUCCUCCCCAGGGACCACCCACGGGGUCACCACCCCCACCACUGUGACAGGUAUCCCGUCCACUGCGACAACUCCGAGUGUCACGACUCCCACCACUGUGACAGGUGCCCCCUCCACAGGGACCACUGAAUCGGUCUCCACCCCCACCGGUGUGACAGGUACCCCCUCCUCGGCGACCACCCAGGGUGUCACGACUCCCACCACUGUGACAGCUGUCCCCUCCACUGCGACCACUCAGACUGUCACGACUCCCACCACUGUGACAGGUGUCCCCUCCACUGCGACCACUCAGAGUGUCACGACUCCCACCACUGUGACAGGUGUCCCCUCCACGGCGACCCCCCAGGGUGUCACGACUGCCACCACUGUGACAGCUGUCCCGUCCACUGCGACCACCCACGGUGUCACGACUCCCACCACUGUGACAGGUGCUCCCUCCUCGGCGACCACCCAGGGUGUCACGACUCCCACCACUGUGACAGGUGUCCCCUCCACUGCGACCACUCAGACUGUCACGACUCCCACCACUGUGACAGGUGUCCCGUCCACUGUGACACCCCAGGGUGUCACGACUCCCACCACUGUGACAGGUGUCCCGUCCACUGCGACAACUCCGAAUGUCACGACUCCCACCACUGUGACAGGUGUCCCCUCCACGGCGACCACCCAGGGUGUCACGACUCCCACCACUGUGACAGGUGUCCCCUCCUCAGGAACCACUGAGACAGUCUCCACCUCCACCGUUGUGACAGGUGCCCCCUUUUCCGGGACCACCCAGAGGGUCACCACCUCUACCGCUGUGACAGGUGCCCCCUCCCCCGGCACCACCCAGGGGGUCUCUACCCCUUCCCCUGUGACAGGCUCUGCCUCCCCAGGGACCACCCAGAGUGUCACCACCCCCACCAGUGUGACAGGUCCCUCCUCCCCACGGACCACCGAGUCGGUCUCCACCCCCACGCCCGGGCCCACGGCCUGCCAGCCUCGCUGUGCCUGGACGGACUGGCUGGACCAGAGCUACCCGCUGCCGGGCGCCUCCGGGGGGGACUUCGAGACCUAUGCCAAUAUCCAGGCGGCCGGCGGGGCCAUCUGCCAGCGGCCCCAGGACAUCGAGUGCCAGGCUAAAAACUUCCCCAACCAGACGCUGGAGGAGCUGGGUCAGCGAGUGCACUGCGACGCCAGCUUCGGCCUCAUCUGCAGGAACGAGGAGCAGGACGGCCGGUUCGAGAUGUGCUUCAACUACAGAAUCCGCGUGCUGUGCUGCAGCUACGGCCACUGUGGGACGCCCACCUCCCCGCUCACCGCCUCGACCACCACCUCCGGCCCCAGCCCCGGCACCACCACCUCGACCACUGCCUCUUCGGCCCCCAGCGCGGCCACCACGGCCGGGACACCCGUCGCAACAGCCGGAACACUGUCCGGGAGCACAGCGGCCACCGGCUCCGCCACGCCGGGGCCCGCCCUUUCCACGGGCGUGACGGCGCGAGUGACGGCCUCCAGCCCCAGCCCCACGGGCUCCGCCCCGACGUCUGCCACGGCGGAGCUCCCGUCCUCUGCAGCCUCCACAGAGCCCGCCAGCCCAGGCACGGCCACGGCAACCCUCCCGACUCACGGGACCAGCCAGGGCCCGACGCGCUGUCAGCCCAAGUGCCAGUGGACGGAAUGGUUCGACGUGGACUUCCCCACCUCGGGGGUCGGGGGCGGAGACGUGGAAACCUACGACAACAUCAGGGCGGCCGGUGGCAACAUAUGCCCCGAGCCCCAGGAGAUCGAGUGCCGGGCAGAGAGCUACCCCGACGUGAGCAUCGACCAGGUCGGGCAGGUGCUCAGCUGCAGCCUGCAGGACGGCCUCAUCUGCAGGAACGAGGACCAGGAGGGCCUGUUCAAGAUGUGCUUCAACUACAGGAUCCGCGUGCUCUGCUGUGACGACGUGCGGCACUGUCCCAGCACGGCCAGCCCCGGCCUCUCCUCCCCCACGCUGUCUGCCCACAGCCCCACCACCCUCACCGGCUCCACGACGACGCGGCCGGGGACCUCCACCUCCGCCACGAGCCCCACCAGCCCCACCUCCUCGGAGGCCCUGGCCACGAGCACCAAGCCCGCUUCGACCAGUGUCCCCCCGUCGGCCCCUCUGCUGACCUCCCAAACACACACAACCCCUGGGGUGUUAUCCCCCACCGCUGUGACGGGCCCCCCCUCCGCUGGCACCACCCAGAGGGUCUCCACCCCUUCCCCUGUGACAGGCUCCUCCUCCCCAGGGACCACCCACGGGGUCACCACCCCCACCACUGUGACAGGUAUCCCGUCCACUGCGACAACUCCGAGUGUCACGACUCCCACCACUGUGACAGGUGUCCCCUCCACGGCGACAACUCCGAGUGUCACGACUCCCACCACUGUGACAGGUGCCCCCUCCACGGCGACCACUCCGAGUGUCACGACUCCCACCACUGUGACAGGUGUCCUGUCCACUGCGACAACUCAGAGUGUCACGACUCCCACCACUGUGACAGGUGUCCCCUCCACUGCGACCACUCAGAGUGUCACGACUCCCACCACUGUGACAGGUGUCCCCUCCACUGCGACCACUCAGAGUGUCACGACUCCCACCACUGUGACAGGUGUCCCGUCCACUGCGACAACUCAGAGUGUCACGACUCCCAGCACUGUGACAGCUGUCCCGUCCACUGCGACCACCCAGGGUGUCACGACUCCCACCACUGUGUCAGGUGUCCCGUCCACUGUGACACCCCAGGGUGUCACGACUCCCACCACUGUGACAGGUGUCCCGUCCACUGCGACAACUCCGAAUGUCACGACUCCCACCACUGUGACAGGUGUCCCCUCCACAGCGACCACCCAGGGUGUCACGACUCCCACCACUGUGACAGGUGUCCCCUCCACGGCGACAACUCCGAGUGUCACGACUCCCACCACUGUGACAGGUGUCCCCUCCACGGCGACCACCCAGGGUGUCACGACUCCCACCACUGUGACAGGUGUCCCCUCCUCAGGAACCACUGGGACAGUCUCCACCUCCACCGUUGUGACAGUUGCCCCCUUUUCCGGGACCACCCAGAGGGUCACCACCUCUACCGCUGUGACAGGUGCCCCCUCCCCCGGCACCACCCAGGGGGUCUCUACCCCUUCCCCUGUGACAGGCUCUGCCUCCCCAGGGACCACCCAGAGUGUCACCACCCCCACCAGUGUGACAGGUCCCUCCUCCCCACGGACCACCGAGUCGGUCUCCACCCCCACGCCCGGGCCCACGGCCUGCCAGCCUCGCUGUGCCUGGACGGACUGGCUGGACCAGAGCUACCCGCUGCCGGGCGCCUCCGGGGGGGACUUCGAGACCUAUGCCAAUAUCCAGGCGGCCGGCGGGGCCAUCUGCCAGCGGCCCCAGGACAUCGAGUGCCAGGCUAAAAACUUCCCCAACCGGACGCUGGAGGAGCUGGGUCAGCGAGUGCACUGCGACGCCAGCUUCGGCCUCAUCUGCAGGAACGAGGAGCAGGACGGCCGGUUCGAGAUGUGCUUCAACUACAGAAUCCGCGUGCUGUGCUGCAGCUACGGCCACUGUGGGACGCCCACCUCCCCGCUCACCUCCUCGACCACCACCUCCGCCCCCAGCCCCGGCACCACCACCUCGACCACUGCCUCUUCGGCCCCCAGCGCGGCCACCACGGCCGGGACACCCGUCGCAACAGCCGGAACACUGUCCGGGAGCACAGCGGCCACCGGCUCCGCCACGCCGGGGCCCGCCCUUUCCACGGGCGUGACGGCGCGAGUGACGGCCUCCAGCCCCAGCCCCACGGGCUCCGCCCCGACGUCUGCCACGGCGGAGCUCCCGUCCUCUGCAGCCUCCACAGAGCCCGCCAGCCCAGGCACGGCCACGGCAACCCUCCCGACUCACGGGACCAGCCAGGGCCCGACGCGCUGUCAGCCCAAGUGCCAGUGGACGGAAUGGUUCGACGUGGACUUCCCCACCUCGGGGGUCGGGGGCGGAGACGUGGAAACCUACGACAACAUCAGGGCGGCCGGUGGCAACAUAUGCCCCGAGCCCCAGGAGAUCGAGUGCCGGGCAGAGAGCUACCCCGACGUGAGCAUCGACCAGGUCGGGCAGGUGCUCAGCUGCAGCCUGCAGGACGGCCUCAUCUGCAGGAACGAGGACCAGGAGGGCCUGUUCAAGAUGUGCUUCAACUACAGGAUCCGCGUGCUCUGCUGUGACGACGUGCGGCACUGUCCCAGCACGGCCAGCCCCGGCCUCUCCUCCCCCACGCUGUCUGCCCACAGCCCCACCACCCUCACCGGCUCCACGACGACGCGGCCGGGGACCUCCACCUCCGCCACGAGCCCCACCAGCCCCACCUCCUCGGAGGCCCUGGCCACGAGCACCAAACCCGCUUCGACCAGUGUCCCCCCGUCGGCCCCUCUGCUGACCUCCCAAACACACACAACCCCUGGGGUGUUAUCCCCCACCGCUGUGACGGGCCCCCCCUCCGCUGGCACCACCCAGAGGGUCUCCACCCCUUCCCCUGUGACAGGCUCCUCCUCCCCAGGGACCACCCACGGGGUCACCACCCCCACCACUGUGACAGGUGUCCUGACCACUGCGACAACUCCGAGUGUCACGACUCCCACCACUGUGACAGGUGUCCCCUCCACGGCGACCACUCCGAGUGUCACGACUCCUACCACUGUGACAGGUGCCCCCUCCACGGCGACCACUCAGAGUGUCACGACUCCCACCACUGUGACAGGUGUCCCCUCCACUGCGACAACUCCGAGUGUUUCGAUUCCCACCACUGUGACAGGUGUCCCCUCCACGGCGACCACUCAGAGUGUCACGACUCCCACCACUGUGACAGGUGUCCCGUCCACGGCGACAACUCCGAGUGUCACGACUCCCACCACUGUGACAGGUGUCCCGUCCACUGCGACAACUCAGACUGUCACGACUCCCACCACUGUGACAGGUGUCCCCUCCACUGCGACCACUCAGAGUGUCACGACUCCCAGCACUGUGACAGGUGUCCCCUCCACGGCGACCACCCAGAGUGUCACGACUCCCACCACUGUGACAGGUGUCCCCUCCACUGCGACCACUCAGAGUGUCACGACUCCCACCACUGUGACAGGUGUCCCGUCCACGGCGACCACUCCGAGUGUCACGACUCCCACCACUGUGACAGCUGUCCCGUCCACUGCGACCACCCAGAGUGUCACGACUCCCACCACUGUGACAGUUGCUCCCUCCUCGGCGACCACCCAGGGUGUCACGACUCCCACCACUGUGACAGGUGUCCCCUCCACUGCCGUGCCCCCUCCACGGCGACCACCCAGAUUGUCACCACCCCCCACCACUGUGACAGGUGUCCCCUCCACGGCGACCACCCAGGGUGUCACGACUCCCACCACUGUGACAGCGUUCCCCUCCACGGCGACCCCCCAGGGUGUCACGACUGCCACCACUGUGACAGGUGUCCCCUCCACGGCGACCACUCAGAGUGUUACGACUCCCACCACUGUGACAGGUGUCCCGUCCACUGCGACAACUCCGAGUGUCACGACUCCCACCACUGUGACAGGUGUCCCCUCCACGGCGACCACCCAGGGUGUCACGACUCCCACCACUGUGACAGGUGUCCCCUCCUCAGGAACCACUGAGACAGUCUCCACCUCCACCGUUGUGACAGGUGCCCCCUUUUCCGGGACCACCCAGAGGGUCACCACCUCUACCGCUGUGACAGGUGCCCCCUCCCCCGGCACCACCCAGGGGGUCUCUACCCCUUCCCCUGUGACAGGCUCUGCCUCCCCAGGGACCACCCAGAGUGUCACCACCCCCACCAGUGUGACAGGUCCCUCCUCCCCACGGACCACCGAGUCGGUCUCCACCCCCACGCCCGGGCCCAUGGCCUGCCAGCCUCGCUGUGCCUGGACGGACUGGCUGGACCAGAGCUACCCGCUGCCGGGCGCCUCCGGGGGGGACUUCGAGACCUAUGCCAAUAUCCAGGCGGCCGGCGGGGCCAUCUGCCAGCGGCCCCAGGACAUCGAGUGCCAGGCUAAAAACUUCCCCAACCGGACGCUGGAGGAGCUGGGUCAGCGAGUGCACUGCGACGCCAGCUUCGGCCUCAUCUGCAGGAACGAGGAGCAGGACGGCCGGUUCGAGAUGUGCUUCAACUACAGAAUCCGCGUGCUGUGCUGCAGCUACGGCCACUGUGGGACGCCCACCUCCCCGCUCACCUCCUCGACCACCACCUCCGCCCCCAGCCCCGGCACCACCACCUCGACCACUGCCUCUUCGGCCCCCAGCGCGGCCACCACGGCCGGGACACCCGUCGCAACAGCCGGAACACUGUCCGGGAGCACAGCGGCCACCGGCUCCGCCACGCCGGGGCCCGCCCUUUCCACGGGCGUGACGGCGCGAGUGACGGCCUCCAGCCCCAGCCCCACGGGCUCCGCCCCGACGUCUGCCACGGCGGAGCUCCCGUCCUCUGCAGCCUCCACAGAGCCCGCCAGCCCAGGCACGGCCACGGCAACCCUCCCGACUCACGGGAUCAGCCAGGGCCCGACGCGUUGUCAGCCCAAGUGCCAGUGGACGGAAUGGUUCGACGUGGACUUCCCCACCUCGGGGGUCGGGGGCGGAGACGUGGAAACCUACGACAACAUCAGGGCGGCCGGUGGCAACAUAUGCCCCGAGCCCCGGGAGAUCGAGUGCCGGGCAGAGAGCUACCCCGACGUGAGCAUCGACCAGGUCGGGCAGGUGCUCAGCUGCAGCCUGCAGGACGGCCUCAUCUGCAGGAACGAGGACCAGGAGGGCCUGUUCAAGAUGUGCUUCAACUACAGGAUCCGCGUGCUCUGCUGUGACGACGUGCGGCACUGUCCCAGCACGGCCAGCCCCGGCCAAUCCUCCCCCACGCUGUCUGCCCACAGCCCCACCACCCUCACCGGCUCCACGACGACGCGGCCGGGGACCUCCACCUCCGCCACGAGCCCCACCAGCUCCACCUCCUCGGAGGCCCUGGCCACGAGCACCAAACCCGCUUCGACCAGUGUCCCCCCGUCGGCCCCUCUGCUGACCUCCCAAACACACACAACCCCUGGGGUGUUAUCCCCCACCGCUGUGACGGGCCCCCCCUCCGCUGGCACCACCCAGAGGGUCUCCACCCCUUCCCCUGUGACAGGCUCCUCCUCCCCAGGGACCACCCACGGGGUCACCACCCCCACCACUGUGACAGGUGUCCUGACCACUGCGACAACUCCGAGUGUCACGACUCCCACCACUGUGACAGGUGUCCCCUCCACGGCGACCACUCCGAGUGUCACGACUCCUACCACUGUGACAGGUGCCCCCUCCACGGCGACCACUCAGAGUGUCACGACUCCCACCACUGUGACAGGUGUCCCCUCCACUGCGACAACUCCGAGUGUUUCGAUUCCCACCACUGUGACAGGUGUCCCCUCCACGGCGACCACUCAGAGUGUCACGACUCCCACCACUGUGACAGGUGUCCCGUCCACGGCGACAACUCCGAGUGUCACGACUCCCACCACUGUGACAGGUGUCCCGUCCACUGCGACAACUCAGACUGUCACGACUCCCACCACUGUGACAGGUGUCCCCUCCACUGCGACCACUCAGAGUGUCACGACUCCCAGCACUGUGACAGGUGUCCCCUCCACGGCGACCACCCAGAGUGUCACGACUCCCACCACUGUGACAGGUGUCCCCUCCACUGCGACCACUCAGAGUGUCACGACUCCCACCACUGUGACAGGUGUCCCGUCCACGGCGACAACUCCGAGUGUCACGACUCCCACCACUGUGACAGCUGUCCCGUCCACUGCGACCACCCAGGGUGUCACGACUCCCACCACUGUGACAGUUGCUCCCUCCUCGGCGACCACCCAGGGUGUCACGACUCCCACCACUGUGACAGGUGUCCCCUCCACUGCCACCACUCAGAGUGUCACGACUCCCACCACUGUGACAGGUGUCCCCUCCACUGUGACACCCCAGGGUGUCACGACUCCCACCACUGUGACAGGUGUCCCCUCCACGGCAACCACCCAGGGUGUCACGACUCCCACCACUGUGACAGGUGUCCCCUCCACUGCGACCACUCAGAGUGUCACGACUCCCACCACUGUGACAGGUGUCCCCUCCACUGCGACAACUCCGAGUGUUUCGAUUCCCACCACUGUGACAGGUGUCCCCUCCACGGCGACCACUCAGAGUGUCACGACUCCCACCACUGUGACAGGUGUCCCGUCCACUGCGACAACUCCGAGUGUCACGACUCCCACCACUGUGACAGGUGUCCCCUCCACUGCGACCACUCAGACUGUCACGACUCCCACCACUGUGACAGGUGUCCCCUCCACUGCGAGCACUCAGACUGUCACGACUCCCACCACUGUGACAGGUGUCCCCUCCACUGCGACCACUCAGAGUGUCACGACUCCCACCACUGUGACAGGUGUCCCGUCCACUGCGACAACUCCGAGUGUCACGACUCCCACCACUGUGACAGGUUUCCCGUCCACUGCGACAACUCAGAGUGUCACGACUCCCACCGGUGUGACAGGUGCCCCCUCCACGGCGACCACCCAGAUUGUCACCACCCCCACCACUGUGACAGGUGUCCCCUCCACGGCGACCACCCAGGGUGUCACGACUCCCACCACUGUGACAGCGGUCCCCUCCACGGCGACCCCCCAGGGUGUCACGACUGCCACCACUGUGACAGGUGUCCCCUCCACGGCGACCACUCAGAGUGUUACGACUCCCACCACUGUGACAGGUGUCCCGUCCACUGCGACAACUCCGAGUGUCACGACUCCCACCACUGUGACAGGUGUCCCCUCCACGGCGACCACCCAGGGUGUCACGACUCCCACCACUGUGACAGGUGUCCCCUCCUCAGGAACCACUGAGACAGUCUCCACCUCCACCGUUGUGACAGGUGCCCCCUUUUCCGGGACCACCCAGAGGGUCACCACCUCUACCGCUGUGACAGGUGCCCCCUCCCCCGGCACCACCCAGGGGGUCUCUACCCCUUCCCCUGUGACAGGCUCUGCCUCCCCAGGGACCACCCAGAGUGUCACCACCCCCACCAGUGUGACAGGUCCCUCCUCCCCACGGACCACCGAGUCGGUCUCCACCCCCACGCCCGGGCCCAUGGCCUGCCAGCCUCGCUGUGCCUGGACGGACUGGCUGGACCAGAGCUACCCGCUGCCGGGCGCCUCCGGGGGGGACUUCGAGACCUAUGCCAAUAUCCAGGCGGCCGGCGGGGCCAUCUGCCAGCGGCCCCAGGACAUCGAGUGCCAGGCUAAAAACUUCCCCAACCGGACGCUGGAGGAGCUGGGUCAGCGAGUGCACUGCGACGCCAGCUUCGGCCUCAUCUGCAGGAACGAGGAGCAGGACGGCCGGUUCGAGAUGUGCUUCAACUACAGAAUCCGCGUGCUGUGCUGCAGCUACGGCCACUGUGGGACGCCCACCUCCCCGCUCACCUCCUCGACCACCACCUCCGCCCCCAGCCCCGGCACCACCACCUCGACCACUGCCUCUUCGGCCCCCAGCGCGGCCACCACGGCCGGGACACCCGUCGCAACAGCCGGAACACUGUCCGGGAGCACAGCGGCCACCGGCUCCGCCACGCCGGGGCCCGCCCUUUCCACGGGCGUGACGGCGCGAGUGACGGCCUCCAGCCCCAGCCCCACGGGCUCCGCCCCGACGUCUGCCACGGCGGAGCUCCCGUCCUCUGCAGCCUCCACAGAGCCCGCCAGCCCAGGCACGGCCACGGCAACCCUCCCGACUCACGGGAUCAGCCAGGGCCCGACGCGUUGUCAGCCCAAGUGCCAGUGGACGGAAUGGUUCGACGUGGACUUCCCCACCUCGGGGGUCGGGGGCGGAGACGUGGAAACCUACGACAACAUCAGGGCGGCCGGUGGCAACAUAUGCCCCGAGCCCCGGGAGAUCGAGUGCCGGGCAGAGAGCUACCCCGACGUGAGCAUCGACCAGGUCGGGCAGGUGCUCAGCUGCAGCCUGCAGGACGGCCUCAUCUGCAGGAACGAGGACCAGGAGGGCCUGUUCAAGAUGUGCUUCAACUACAGGAUCCGCGUGCUCUGCUGUGACGACGUGCGGCACUGUCCCAGCACGGCCAGCCCCGGCCAAUCCUCCCCCACGCUGUCUGCCCACAGCCCCACCACCCUCACCGGCUCCACGACGACGCGGCCGGGGACCUCCACCUCCGCCACGAGCCCCACCAGCUCCACCUCCUCGGAGGCCCUGGCCACGAGCACCAAACCCGCUUCGACCAGUGUCCCCCCGUCGGCCCCUCUGCUGACCUCCCAAACACACACAACCCCUGGGGUGUUAUCCCCCACCGCUGUGACGGGCCCCCCCUCCGCUGGCACCACCCAGAGGGUCUCCACCCCUUCCCCUGUGACAGGCUCCUCCUCCCCAGGGACCACCCACGGGGUCACCACCCCCACCACUGUGACAGGUGUCCCGUCCACUGCGACAACUCCGAGUGUCACAACUCCCACCACUGUGACAGGUGUCCCCUCCACGGCGACCACUCCGAGUGUCACGACUCCCACCACUGUGACAGGUGUCCCCUCCACGGCGACCACUCAGAGUGUCACGACUCCCACCACUGUGACAGGUGCCCCCUCCACGGCAACCACCCAGGGUGUCACGACUCCCACCACUGUGACAGGUGUCCCCUCCACUGCGACCACUCAGAGUGUCACGACUCCCACCACUGUGACAGGUGUCCCCUCCACUGCGACAACUCCGAGUGUUUCGAUUCCCACCACUGUGACAGGUGUCCCCUCCACGGCGACCACUCAGAGUGUCACGACUCCCACCACUGUGACAGGUGUCCCGUCCACUGCGACAACUCCGAGUGUCACGACUCCCACCACUGUGACAGGUGUCCCCUCCACUGCGACCACUCAGAGUGUCACGACUCCCACCACUGUGACAGGUGUCCCGUCCACUGCGACAACUCCGAGUGUCACGACUCCCACCACUGUGACAGGUUUCCCGUCCACUGCGACAACUCAGAGUGUCACGACUCCCACCGGUGUGACAGGUGCCCCCUCCACGGCGACCACCCAGAUUGUCACCACCCCCACCACUGUGACAGGUGUCCCCUCCACGGCGACCACCCAGGGUGUCACGACUCCCACCACUGUGACAGCGGUCCCCUCCACGGCGACCCCCCAGGGUGUCACGACUGCCACCACUGUGACAGGUGUCCCCUCCACGGCGACCACUCAGAGUGUUACGACUCCCACCACUGUGACAGGUGUCCCGUCCACUGCGACAACUUCGAGUGUCACGACUCCCACCACUGUGACAGGUGUCCCCUCCACGGCGACCACCCAGGGUGUCACGACUCCCACCACUGUGACAGGUGUCCCCUCCUCAGGAACCACUGAGACAGUCUCCACCUCCACCGUUGUGACAGGUGCCCCCUUUUCCGGGACCACCCAGAGGGUCACCACCUCUACCGCUGUGACAGGUGCCCCCUCCCCCGGCACCACCCAGGGGGUCUCUACCCCUUCCCCUGUGACAGGCUCUGCCUCCCCAGGGACCACCCAGAGUGUCACCACCCCCACCAGUGUGACAGGUCCCUCCUCCCCACGGACCACCGAGUCGGUCUCCACCCCCACGCCCGGGCCCACGGCCUGCCAGCCUCGCUGUGCCUGGACGGACUGGCUGGACCAGAGCUACCCGCUGCCGGGCGCCUCCGGGGGGGACUUCGAGACCUAUGCCAAUAUCCAGGCGGCCGGCGGGGCCAUCUGCCAGCGGCCCCAGGACAUCGAGUGCCAGGCUAAAAACUUCCCCAACCGGACGCUGGAGGAGCUGGGUCAGCGAGUGCACUGCGACGCCAGCUUCGGCCUCAUCUGCAGGAACGAGGAGCAGGACGGCCGGUUCGAGAUGUGCUUCAACUACAGAAUCCGCGUGCUGUGCUGCAGCUACGGCCACUGUGGGACGCCCACCUCCCCGCUCACCUCCUCGACCACCACCUCCGCCCCCAGCCCCGGCACCACCACCUCGACCACUGCCUCUUCGGCCCCCAGCGCGGCCACCACGGCCGGGACACCCGUCGCAACAGCCGGAACACUGUCCGGGAGCACAGCGGCCACCGGCUCCGCCACGCCGGGGCCCGCCCUUUCCACGGGCGUGACGGCGCGAGUGACGGCCUCCAGCCCCAGCCCCACGGGCUCCGCCCCGACGUCUGCCACGGCGGAGCUCCCGUCCUCUGCAGCCUCCACAGAGCCCGCCAGCCCAGGCACGGCCACGGCAACCCUCCCGACUCACGGGACCAGCCAGGGCCCGACGCGUUGUCAGCCCAAGUGCCAGUGGACGGAAUGGUUCGACGUGGACUUCCCCACCUCGGGGGUCGGGGGCGGAGACGUGGAAACCUACGACAACAUCAGGGCGGCCGGUGGCAACAUAUGCCCCGAGCCCCAGAAGAUCGAGUGCCGGGCAGAGAGCUACCCCGAAGUGAGCAUCGACCAGGUCGGGCAGGUGCUCAGCUGCAGCCUGCAGGACGGCCUCAUCUGCAGGAACGAGGACCAAACUGGGGACUUCCCAAUGUGCUUCAACUACAAUAUUCGAUUGCUCUGCUGUGACGACGUGCGGCACUGUCCCAGCACGGCCAGCCCCGGCCUCUCCUCCCCCACGCUGUCUGCCCACAGCCCCACCACCCUCACCGGCUCCACGACGACGCGGCCGGGGACCUCCACCUCCGCCACGAGCCCCACCAGCCCCACCUCCUCGGAGGCCCUGGCCACGAGCACCAAGCCCGCUUCGACCAGUGUCCCCCCGUCGGCCCCUCUGCUGACCUCCCAAACACACACAACCCCUGGGGUGUUAUCCCCCACCGCUGUGACGGGCCCCCCCUCCGCUGGCACCACCCAGAGGGUCUCCACCCCUUCCCCUGUGACAGGCUCCUCCUCCCCAGGGACCACCCACGGGGUCACCACCCCCACCACUGUGACAGGUGCCCCCUCCCCAGGGACCACUGAGUCGGUCUUCACCCCCACCGGUGUGCCAGGUGCCCCCUCCACGGCGACAACUCCGAGUGUCACGACUCCCACCUCUGUGACAGGUGUCCCCUCCACUGCGACCACUCAGAGUGUCACGACUCCCACCACUGUGACAGGUGUCCCCUCCUCAGGAUCCAUUGAGACAGUCUCCACCUCCACCGUUGUGACAGGUGCCCCCUUUUCCGGGACCACCCAGAGGGUCACCACCUCUACCGCUGUGACAGGUGUCCCCUCCCCCGGCACCCCUCAGGGGUUCUCUACCCCUUCCCCUGUGACAGGCUCUGCCUCCCCAGGGACCACCCAGAGUGUCACCACCCCCACCGGUGUGACAGGUGCCCCCUCCACGGCGACCCCCCAGGGUGUCACCACCCCCACCGGUGUGACAGGUGCCCCCUCCACGGCGACCACCCAGAGUGUCACGACCCUCACCAGUGUGACAGGUGUCCCCUCCACGGCAACCACCCAGAGUGUCACGACUCCCACCAGUGUGACAGUUGUCCCUUCCACGGUGACCCCCCAGAGUGUCACGACUCCCACCACUGUGACAGGUGUCCCCUCCACGGCGACCACCCAGAGUGUCACGACUCCCACCAGUGUGACAGGUGUCCCCUCCUCAGGAACCACUGAGACAGUCUCCACCUCCACCGUUGUGACAGGUGCCCCCUCCAGUGCGACCACCCAGAGUGUCACGACACCCACCAGUGUGACCAGUGUCUCCUCCACCGCGACCACUCACGGGGUCACCACUCCCACCAGUGUGACAGGUGCCCCCUCCCCAGGGACCACCCAGAGUGUCACGACUCCCACCACUGUGACAGGUCCCCCCUCCCCUGGCACCACACGGAGUGUCACCACCCUCAGCAGUGUGACAGGUCCCCUGUCUACUGGGACCACCCGGACAUUUGCUGUUCUCAUUCCCUCCACUUUCCCAGGGUCCCUGUCCACGACCCUCAAACCAGGCUUGCCCAGUGUAUCGCCCACAAGUUUGCUAUCGACCCCCUCCCUGCGGACCCAUCCUGCCUCCCCAGGCACUGUGCCCUCGUCUUCUCCGGAGACUGCCAGCAGCCUGACCCCCUUCUCCGUGCCCACCAUCUCCCCCGGAUCGCCUGGCCCCACUACGCCCUCCUGCCUCUGCCGCGCCUACGGAGAGUUCUUCCGGCCCGGCGACGUCGUGUACAACAAGACCGACGGCGCGGGCUGCCCGUUCUUAGCUGUCUGCAACGAGCACUGUGACAUCGACCGCCUCCAGGGCACCUGCCCCACCUCCGCACCCCCCGAGUCCUCGCCCCCCGCUCCCCUCACCACCCGGACCCCUGGCUGCGAUCGCACGACCCCUCCACGACAGGUGAACGAGUCCUGGAUCCUGGAGGACUGCACGGUGGCCCAGUGUGAGGGCGACAACCACGUCGUCCUGCUGGGGCCAAAGCCGACGGCCAACAUCACCUGCGUGAACGGGCGCCUGCCCGUCAAAGUGCAGAGCGCGGAGCAGCCCUGCGACUACAACUACGAGUGUGAAUGUUCCUGCAGCGGCUGGGGCGACGCCCACUAUGAGACCUUCGACGGCACUGCCUAUUCUUUCCGGGACAACUGCACCCACGUCCUCGUGCAGGAGAUCCGGCCUCGCUAUGGCAACCUCAGCAUCCUCAUGCACAACCGCUACUGCCAGGUCGACGCCAGCUGCCCCCGCGCCCUCAGCGUCCGCUACGAGGCCGUGGAGAUCAUCCUCACCACCACCAGAGGGGCCAGCGGGCAGCAGGAGAGCCUGAUCCUGUUCAACCAAAGGCGGGUAAGGCAGGGCUUCAGCAAGGACAGCGUGACCGUGACCACGACGGGGGCCACCGAGAUGGGCAUCAGUAUCCCCUCCGUCGGCGCGAGCAUCACCUUCAACGGACGGGUCUUCCAGGUGCGGCUGUCCUACAGCCGCUUCAGCUACAACACCGAGGGCCAGUGCGGCACCUGCACCAAUGACCGCAGUGAUGACUGCCGCAAGCCCGACGGCACCCUGGCCCCCACCUGCUGGGACAUGGCCAGGGACUGGCUGGUCCCCGAGAGCAGCGAGGAGGGCUGCUGGGCGCCAACCGGCCUGCCCCCCACUGCCAGCCCCCGAUCCCCGGUGCCCAGCCUGCCCUCCACCACCCCGUGCACCCCCGCACCUCUCUGCCAGCUCUUGCUGACCCAAGUCUUCGCCAAGUGCCAUCACCUCAUCCCGCCCAGCCUGUUCUUCAGCACCUGUGUCAGUGACAGCUGCCAGCCCGGCCAGCCCGAGGUGCCCUGCCAGAGCCUGGAGGCCUACGCGGCGCUCUGCCGCGCCCGGGGCGUGUGCCUGGACUGGCGCCAUGCCACCAGCGGGCUGUGUGAGCUCACCUGCCCGCCCACCAAGGUGUAUAAGCCGUGCGGCCCUCUGCAGCCCAAAUCCUGUAACUCCAGGAGCGAGAGCCCAGAGAGCACGGGGCUGGCGGAGGGCUGCUUCUGUCCCGACGGCCACAUCCUGUUCAACUCCCACACGGACAUCUGCGUGCCCAAGGAGUGCCCCUGCGUGGGACCAGACGGGCUUCCCAAAUACCCUGGAGAUCAGUGGGUCAGCAACUGCCAGGCCUGCGUGUGUGACCCGGGCUCCACGUCUGUGCGGUGCUCUCCUGUUCAGUGCAAGGCCCAGGACAGGCCCCCGGAAUGCGGCCAGGCCGGCUUCGUGGCUGUGACCAGGCCCCUGGCCAACGAGCCGUGCUGCCUGGAGACUCUGUGUGUCUGCAAUGCGAGCACGUGCCCCCAGAGCCCACCCACAUGUCGGCCGGGAGAGAAGCUGGUCCAGGCCCUGGGAGCGGGCGGCUGCUGCCCCACAUUCCGCUGCGAGCCCUGGCUGUGCACCUACAACGGCACCGUCUACGGGGUCGGAGCCACCUUCCCAGCGGUCAUUCCCUGCCACACGUGCACCUGCCUGUCCACGGACACCCAGGACCCGACCGUGCAGUGUGAGAAGAACAGCUGCAGCACCGCCUGCCCCCAGGGCUUCGAGUACUCCAGCGUGGAGGGCAAGUGCUGUGGGGACUGCGUGCAGACGGCUUGCAUCUCGCCGGAUGGCCAGCUGGUCCAGCUCAACGAGACAUGGCUCCACAGCCUCGUGGACAACUGCACGGAGUACCGCUGCCAGGUCAAGAAAGGGCUCCCUGUGCUGACGCCCACACCCACCGUCUGUCCGGACGUGCCCAGCUGCAGGGGCAUCCUCCGGAAAAAGGGCUGCUGCUACUCCUGUGAGGAAGUGGACUCCUGCCAGGUCCGCGUGAACACCAUGGUCCUGCGGCACCGCGGCUGCACCACCCAGGCCGCUGUCAACGUCUCCUUCUGCGAGGGCUUCUGUCCGGAACCGGAAGUGCCCAGGUUCUCCUUGGAGGCCCAGGCCGUGCAGUGCCGCUGCACCUGCUGCCAGGAGACCAGGACCCACCAGGAGGUGGUGACCAUGCAGUGUCCCGACGGGACGGCCAUCCAGCACACCUACACCCAGGUGGACGAGUGCAGCUGCGGCCCGGCCUGCAGCCCCUCCCCCCAGGCUCCCGCGGACAGCAGUCCUCCUGCUCUAGGGGCCGCGACUGUCUGACGCUCUGCCCCGCCCCACACGGCCUCCUCAUCUGGCACCAGAACACGCCCCGCCCAACCACGGGCACCUCCGGAGCCCACUCUGCGCCUGCCCCAGUGAAACCCAGGCCCGGCGGGUGACCGCGCAGUGAGGGUCUGCUUGGGGGGGUCCUCAGGCGGGGGCCCCGCCCUCAGCCCCUCCCGCCUCUUUUGGCCACCUGUCUGGCCCUCGGAGCCCAACCCCCAUCUGAAACACGCGCACCCACUCUGUCCAGCCUCACACCCUCCGCCCCGGGGAGAUAACUGGACACCCACUGCCAUGUGCUCCCACCGCAGGCCUGUGCGCCCCCACAGCCCCGGGGGGCAUGGAUUCCCACUGGCUACCUCCUGCAGCCACGCAGGCUGAGGCAUGUCCAGGGAAGGCUGGUGGCCUCCAGGGAGCUGCAGCCGGCCGGCUGGCUGCCCAGGUCUGGACCCGGGCUGAGGCUAUGGCGACCGAGGGGUGGGCCAGGGCGGGGUCCCCACGGCACACCCUCUACUGCCCCAGUCCCGCUCUUGCAAAUAAAGCUGAGCAUCUCGUGCA